UGAGCUCCGCAAAAAAAUAUGGAUUUGGAAGUGCGCUGGUUUAGUUUUUGUGUGAAAUCCCAUGUGUGUGUGUGGAAAGUCCCAUUUGAAUCGCCUCAUCUGCCUUCAUUUGAGGAGGUUUUUAAGACGCAACAUAAAAUAAUAAUAAGUUUGAAAGGUUGUCAACUAGUUGCUCGCUGCCUCUCUUUACUAUGAUGCAACUCUUCCCCCCCCCCCCGUGUGCCUCCUAGGAUACGUCUUAUAACAUAUUUAUGUUGCGCCACAGCCGUUCACCUAAAGAGGGAGCAGAUGUCAUGUUGGCUUCUUUCAAAUAUUAAAAGGACUCUGACCCUACUACUGUCUUUGCCUGCCCGGGGCUCCACCCUCCACUCGUCCGUCAUUAUGUGCGCGUGGCACCCGUAGGUGACACCCGUACGUGACACCCGACAUUCCUGUGAACCGGUUUGUCCUCCGGUCGGUGUGAGCUUCAGGAAGUCUCUGGUUCGGCUGCUUCUUCCUUGGAGGCCGGGUCCCUGGGCUCUUUGUGUGUCGCGGUGAGGGGUUAACCGGAGAGCUCGCGGUGAAGCCCUCCUCCGGGCACGCGGGGGCUCUGGCUCGCCCUCUCUGGUGGAGAUUGUUUUCUGAAAACUCUCUGUUCGCUUUCGGAGGAAGUAAAGCAGGAACAUGGAGCCAUGCUUUUGGAGAUAUGAGUCCUUGAAGUGACAUUUUCUUAUUAUUAUUCUGUUUCCUUUUUUAACUCACUGGAUUACGAUUUAUUUUCUUAAACUUCAUGUGGGGUUUGAUGUCCCGAUUGGGAGGUAACAGACGAUGGCUGACAUCACCUGUGUCAUUGCCUAGCAACGAGAGCCCCGCUGAGAGGUAAGGGAACCUGGAGGUCUUAACAUUUUGACUUUUGGACCGUUUAUUUUUCCUAUUACCGUGAAAACAAAAGGCGUGGGAAAAGCCAGGCUCCUAUUCUGCAGGCCUGGAAGCUGCAUUGGUUAAAUAAAUAAUAGAUUAUUGCACCAAGUUUACAAAACACGUCUUGAAACAACGACUUGCUCUUGAUUAUUUAACCCGUGAAAUCCACUUCAGAACCAUUGUUCACAGAAAUAAGAUAAGGAAAGCAGGAAGUAUUCACAUUUUUGGCUGGAGCCAGUAACAUUUUAGCUUAUAAAUUACAAUGAAUUGACCAAAAUGGUUAUAAAUCUAUAUUUUUCCUAUUUAGCUGAUUAUAUUUUCAUUAUCCAUAGUAUAACUUCCAUUACUUCAAACCCCCCCCAUGCACUGCUCAGAAUGGAAUAUUCCAUUUCGGAGCCUGCCCUAUCAAACACACACACACGCACCCUCACACACACCCCUCUGGCCCGGCGACAUGGUCUCUCCCACCCAGGCAGUGCUCAGUCAUCUCCCCUAGCAACCAAGGCUGACCGUACUUGUGUGCUCGUCUUUCCCCGCUCAGUGUGUGUGUGUGUGCGCGUGCGCGUGAUGACAUCAUCAGCUCCGACAGUCAGCUGCUGCAGUGGAGGGAGAGCGAGAGAAAAGGAUGGGGGAGGGAGAGAGCGCUCACACACGCGCACACACACACACACACACUCACACACACUCCCGCUUGUCUUCCUCUGGUAAACAUGGCAGCGGCGACUCAACCGCGCAGCAGUGCGUAGUGAAGCCUAGCUUAGCUUAGCUUAGCCUCAGCUGUCAACAUGGAGGAGGAGGACGCCGCGGCGGCCGACCCCUAUCUGCCCUACGACGGGGGAGGGGACACCAUCCCCCUGCAGGAGAUCCCUAAAAGAGGGUCUAACUACGUCAUGUCUAACGGGGGCGGGGCGCCCAGCAGCACCGCCCACCUGAUGGACUUCCUGGAGGAGCCCAUCCCCGGUGUGGGCACCUACGACGACUUCCACACCAUCGACUGGGUCCGCGAGAAGUGCAAGGACCGCGAGCGGCACCGGAAGAUCAACAGUAAGAAAAAGGAGUCGGCAUGGGAGUUCACAAAGUGCCUGUACGACGCCUGGUCUGGGUGGCUGGUGGUGACGCUCACCGGCUUGGCCUCAGGUGCUUUGGCUGGCCUGAUUGACAUCUCCGCCGAUUGGUUGAACGACCUGAAGGAGGGCGUGUGUCUGAGCGCCAUGUGGUUCAACCACGAGCAGUGCUGCUGGACGUCCAAUGAGACCACCUUCGCUGAGCGGGACAAGUGUCCUCAGUGGAAGAGCUGGGCGGAGCUCAUCCUGGGGCAGGCCGAGGGGCCCGGCUCGUACAUCAUGAACUACUUCAUGUACAUCUACUGGGCUCUGUCCUUCGCCUUCCUGGCCGUGAGUCUGGUCAAGGUGUUUGCUCCCUACGCCUGCGGCUCGGGGAUCCCUGAGAUCAAAACCAUCCUGAGCGGGUUCAUCAUCCGGGGCUACCUGGGCAAGUGGACCCUGUUGAUCAAGACCAUCACUCUGGUCCUGGCCGUGGCGUCCGGCCUCAGCCUGGGGAAGGAGGGCCCGCUGGUCCACGUGGCCUGCUGCUGCGGGAACAUCUUCUCCUACCUCUUCCCCAAGUACAGCAAGAACGAGGCCAAGAAACGAGAGGUUCUCUCGGCCGCGUCGGCGGCCGGGGUCUCCGUUGCUUUUGGCGCCCCGAUUGGAGGCGUGCUCUUCAGCUUGGAGGAGGUGAGCUACUACUUCCCCCUCAAGACGCUGUGGCGCUCCUUCUUCGCCGCCCUGGUGGCGGCGUUCGUCCUGCGCUCCAUCAACCCGUUUGGAAACAGCCGCCUGGUGCUGUUCUACGUGGAGUACCACACGCCGUGGUACCUGUUUGAGCUCAUCCCGUUCAUCCUGCUGGGCGUGUUCGGAGGCCUCUGGGGCGCCUUCUUCAUCCGGGCCAACAUCGCCUGGUGCCGGCGGCGCAAGUCGACGCGCUUCGGCAAGUACCCGGUGCUGGAGGUGAUCUUCGUGACGGCCAUCACGGCCGUGGUCGCCUUCCCGAACCCGUACACUCGCCAGAACACCAGCGGGCUGAUAAAGGAGCUGUUCACCGACUGCGGCCCGCUGGAGUCGUCGCAGCUGUGCCAGUACCGCAGCCAGAUGAACGGCAGCAAGGCCUUCACCGACAACCUCAACCCCAACCGGUCGGCGGGGCCCGGCGUCUACACCGCCAUGUGGCAGCUGUGCCUGGCGCUCAUCUUUAAAAUCAUCAUGACCAUAUUCACCUUCGGACUCAAGGUGCCGUCGGGUUUGUUCAUCCCCAGCAUGGCCAUCGGGGCGAUCGCCGGGCGGAUCGUCGGCAUCGCCAUGGAGCAGCUGGCCUAUUACCACCACGACUGGUUCCUGUUCCGAGAGUGGUGCGAGGUGGGCGCCGACUGCAUCACCCCGGGGCUCUACGCCAUGGUGGGGGCGGCGGCGUGUCUGGGCGGCGUGACCCGUAUGACCGUCUCCCUGGUGGUCAUCGUCUUCGAGCUGACCGGCGGGUUGGAGUACAUCGUGCCCCUCAUGGCCGCCGUCAUGACCAGCAAGUGGGUGGGCGACGCGUUUGGACGCUCGGGGAUCUACGAGGCCCACAUCCGCCUGAACGGGUACCCCUUCCUGGACGCCAAGGAGGAGUUCACCCACGUCACGCUGGCCAGGGAGGUGAUGCGGCCGCGGCAAAGCGACCCGCCGCUGGCGGUGCUAACGCAGGACGACCUGACGGUGGAGGAGCUGCAGAGCACAAUCAACGAGACCAGUUAUAAUGGUUUCCCCGUCAUCGUGUCCAAGGAGUCCCAGAGGCUGGUGGGCUUCGCCCUGCGCAGGGACAUCAACAUCGCCAUAGAAAACGCGCGUCGCAAGCAGGAGGGCAUCCUGCUGACCUCCAGGGUCUACUUCACGCAGCACGCGCCCACGCUGCCGGCCGACAGCCCGCGGCCCCUCAAGCUGCGCUCCAUCCUGGACAUGAGCCCCUUCACGGUCACCGACCACACGCCCAUGGAGAUCGUGGUGGACAUCUUCAGGAAGAUGGGGCUGCGCCAGUGUCUGGUCACUCACAACGGGAAUGUUUUGGGCAUCAUCACAAAGAAGAAUAUAUUAGAGCAUCUGGAGGAGCUCAAGCAGCACAAGGAGCCCCUGGCGGCUUCUUGGCAUUAUCACAAAAAAAGAUAUCCUCCGUCACAUGGCUCAAAUGGCAAACCUCGACCCCGAGUCCAUCAUGUUCAACUGAUCCGCUCCUUCCAGGACGGCCGGGGGGGAGGGGGAGGCGGCAGCGAGGAGGAGGAGGAGGAGGUGCACCUCCUGGACGGCUCCAAUCUCUGACACUCGGGAGACCCCGUUUUCUCCUUCUUUUAAAAAAAAGCUUCCAGCUUUGUUGACCGGCCGCGGCCCCAGAGACGACGGACGUGACGCCAGACUUAUUGUUGUUCUGCUUCUGGCUGCGGAGGUCACACAGAGGUCACACAGAGGUCACACGGAGGUCACAGCAAACACAUGAGGAAUGCACUUUUCACACACACACACACACCAUUGCAUCUGCAUACACGUCCGACACGCAUGCUCGCUCUUCAAAUACACAUAACCUGUAAAGGGACACACGCACAUUUGCACUCUUGGUGUGCCUCGCCCCUUUUCGUCGCCGCUGGACGUGGCGGUCGACGUCGCCUGGCAGGGGGGGGGGGGUCAAAGGUCAGAAUGAACCGCCGAUGAAGGGACGCGAUGAGGGACCUCGAGACCCCGCAGGCUUCUGUUCAAAUAAACGCACCUCCUCACGACCUGUCCGUCCUCCAGAGAAAUACAUUGUUUACCUGUGUUUUAAGUGUGUGUGUGUGUGUCACCGAGCGCCACUACAUUCCAGCCAGGCUACCAUGGGAACUGAGAGGACGUGCACAUGCUCCUCACCUCCUUGGUCUGAAUGGGCUUUAAAAAAGUGUGUGUGUGUGUGUGUCAUUCCCGUUGAAGGCAGAUCAAGCGUGUACGUAAAGGAAAUGUGAAAAAAACCGUAGAGUUCUUCUCUCUCUUACGUCAAACUAAAUAUAUCAGAUUUCGUUUUUUCUUCUCAUCUCUGACGCUUUUGGUUCUGCGGUAAUAAAAAUAUUGUUUCUGUUUUUAUGGCAUGAAGCGGGAAAAAACUGGAAAUCUGCACUGAUUAAAGUCGGCUAUGGUGACGCCUUUCUGCCCACGUCUUCGGGGUAAUAGUGUGUGUGUUUUUUAUUUUACUUUGAGAAGAAAAGAACUGUGAAAAUAUCAAAAAUCUGAUUUUCCACUCACUGAAAAAACGAACUUGCUUUAUCGAUCACACUUUGAUUAAACGGCAUUUCCCAACGGCUGAUAGUGUUUUGAUUUGAGCCAGAAGAGUGGAAGUUAACAGUUUUUAAAUCGAAUAACAAAAUUUCUAAAUACAGGAAAUGAAAAAGUCACAAAAAGAUUUAAAACUAACAAUAGAUUAAUUUUGGUGAAUUCCUCAACGCCCUAAAUGUUGUUCCGGUCCAUCAGGAUGACAUCAGACACACUGAAGAUAUAAACCCUCCCAUUUUAGAAGCUGUGAACUUUUAAUAAACGUAUAAAUAAUGAAGCGGUUUGAGCGCCGGCGAGUCGAAGAGACUUCAUACUUGACGAACGUUUAAUUUUAAUAAAUAGUUUUUGUCAAGCUGCCGUUCCCCGAGUCACGAAUGAUUUUUUGGGGCGUUUUAUUUUCCUUUUUGACUCUUCGAUGUCAUCCUAUCGAUCGUCUCACGGCUUCAUCGGCACCUUUUUUAGUUUCGGCUUAGUUUCAUUUUUUUCUGGCUUUUAUCCCCCCAAAAAAUAACAGCUGCUGCUCCCACCUGUUUCCACUUUGAUCCCGUUUCAGUGCAGACGACGAAGGGAAAGGAAGCGAUGGAGAGAUGAAGCGGGGCAGCACUUCACCUCCUAAGGUGGACUCUCUCACUCUGAGGGAGGUCGGGUUCAUCCUGUGUACUUAUUAACCCGUUGUUUUUACCUAACAUUGUAUUUCAUACCGAUCUGGGUGUUUUCUCCUGUUUUAUUUAAUUUUCUUUAUUUAUGGGUCGUGUCGAUUUUCGAGUUGUGCGUUUAUUACGAAUAAUUUGAUGUGUGAUUACAUUUCAUUGUUUGAUUGUACAUUUAAAACUAAAUGUGUAAAGAUGACAUUUUGGUUUAAAUUAAAAAGGAACAUAAAAAACGUC